GUGCGCUGGACCGCCAUGGGAGUCCGCUGUGUGGCAAUCCGCGCCUGCGGGGGAGGUAAGAUCGAUCCCGGCGUCCCGCGGAUGGCCGUUCACGCGUGUGGGGCUGCGGCGGCCGUGGUGGCGCUGCUCUCCGCCGCGAUCGCGCUCCAGUGGUCGCCGCUGCACGCAGUUUUACAGAGAGCACUGUCUCUCCAUACAGCACAUGCGACAAAGGACAUGGAGAACCUUUUUCAGCUGGUGAGAAACAUUGUGCCUGCUCUGACGUCGUCGAAGAAGCACAAGGGGCAAGAUGGAAGGAUAGGCAUAGUCGGGGGCUGUCAAGAGUACACAGGAGCACCAUAUUUUGCAGGAAUCUCAGCCUUGAAAGUGGGUGCAGAUUUGACCCACGUGUUCUGUGCCAGGGAGGCUGCGCCAGUGAUCAAGUCCUACAGCCCAGAGCUGAUCGUCCACCCAGUCCUUGACAGUUCCAAUGCUGUUGAGGAGGUGGAGAAAUGGCUUCCUAGGCUGCAUGCCCUUGUCGUGGGACCUGGCCUAGGUAGGGACGACCUUCUUCUCAACAAUGUCAGGGGCAUUUUGGAAUCAACCAAGGCCAGGGACAUCCCUGUGGUCAUUGAUGCGGACGGCCUGUGGCUCGUUGCUCAGCAGCCAGCCCUCAUCCACGGUUACCACAAGGCCAUUCUCACCCCCAACCACGUGGAGUUCAGCAGACUCUGGGAAGCUGUGCUCAGUAGUCCUAUGGACAGCAAUGAUCUCAGGGGCUCCACACUGAAGCUCAGCCAGGCCCUGGGGAACAUCACAGUGGUCCAGAAAGGAGAACAGGACCUGAUCUCCAAUGGCCAGCAGGUGCUUGUGUGUAACCAAGAAGGCAGCAGUCGCAGGUGUGGCGGGCAAGGCGACCUCCUGUCAGGCUCCCUGGGUGUCAUGGUACACUGGGCACUCCGUGCUGGACCAGAGAAAACAAAUGGCUCCAGCCCACUCCUGGUGGCUGCCUGGGGCGCCUGCACACUCACAAGGGAGUGUAACCGUCAGGCCUUCCAGAAGUACGGGCGCUCUACAACCACUACUGACAUGAUCACAGAGGUAGGAACUGCCUUCAGCAGGCUCUUCACGACCUGAACCUGUGCAGACUGGAGUGACACAGACGGAAUCCUCCACUUGCCUAGCCUUGGGCUCAGCAGCACUUGGAACAGAGGCUUUACGACCUAACCAUCUAUUCUCACUAAUGUAGAGUUGAGAUGUCAACCCCGACACUAAUCUGGUCUUUCAAGGGUUUCUUGGCUUCUCAGAAAUAGCUGAAAAGAAAAUGAGAAUAAAAUUCCCAGCAGCCCAACUGGAUCUGGGCUUGCUCUGAGACAGGAAA